UUAUACCACUGAAUACUCUGGGUCCACCUUCAAGACACGGGGCUGGGAUCAACCAAACCACCACUCCUCUUCCAAGAAUCAUUUGGACAGGUUCUUUUAGAGUGCUCCUUCUCUCUCUCUCUCUCUCUUUUUUUUUAACCCAUCCUUUUAAACAAAAUGGCUCCAAAGAAGGAUGUGAAGAAGCCUGCGGCUGCUGCCCCAGCCCCUGCCCCGGCACCUGCACCUGCCCCUGCCCCACCCAAAGAAGAAAAAAUUGACCUUUCUGCUGUUAAGAUCGAGUUCUCUGCGGAACAGCAGGAAGAUUUCAAGGAGGCGUUUCUCCUGUUUGACAGAACAGGUGAAAGCAAGAUCACCUUAAGCCAGGUGGGUGAUGUUCUUCGGGCCCUGGGCACCAACCCUACCAACGCAGAGGUCAAGAAGGUUCUGGGAAAUCCCAGCAAUGAAGAGAUGAAUGCCAAGAAGAUUGAGUUUGAACAAUUUCUGCCCAUGAUGCAAGUUAUUUCCAACAACAAGGACCAGGGCAGUUAUGAAGACUUUGUUGAGGGUCUGCGUGUCUUUGACAAGGAAGGCAAUGGCACAGUCAUGGGUGCUGAACUCCGUCACGUGCUGGCCACACUGGGUGAAAAGAUGAAAGAGGAAGAAGUGGAAACCCUGCUGAAAGGUCAAGAAGACUCCAAUGGCUGCAUCAACUAUGAAGCUUUUGUCAAGCACAUCAUGUCUGUCUAAAUGGAGCUCUCAAGGUUAAGCAUUGGUUGGGAAGACUGGCUGGAAACUUAUUUUAAUAACACCCAUGACUGCCUGUCCAGAUCUGUUCACCAUCAUUUAGAAAAACAGUAUGGACCGUUCUAGACUGAGGGACUCCCUGAUUUUGUUUUAUACCUUACGUUUCUCUGUGAAUUGUAUUCGUACCACACAAGCCAAGUGUCUCACUCUAGACAAA